UAUAUAUAUAUAAUCUCGUUAGAUAGAAAAAAAAAAAGAAAGAUGGAGAACUCGAAGAACAACAAUACCAACAAGCACGUAGUUCUUGUGCAUGGAGCAGGCCAAGGAGCCUGGUGCUGGUACAAGGUCACGACGCGGCUCCGGUUAUCGGGUUACCGGGUCACCGUACCGGACCUCGCCGCCUCCGGUAUCGACCCUCGGCAGAUCGACGAGGUGCGCACCUUCGCCGAAUACUCCGAGCCGUUGAUGGAGAUCCUAAGAUCCCUUCCUGAUGGUGAGAGGGUGAUCAUAGUAGGCCACAGCCUCGGUGGCCUGAACAUAGCUUUGGCCAUGGAGAAGUUUCCCGAGAAAGUCGCCGCCGCCGUCUUCGUGACGGCGUUCAGGCCCGAUUGGACCUCGCCGCCUUCGUCCGUCUAUGAUGAGUUGAGCAAAGCAUCUGGAUCAUAUUGGAUGGACACGGUGUUUAAAUCGUAUUCAAAUCGACCAACGACCAUGUUGUUUGGCCCUCAGUUUCUCAAAUCAAGGCUCUACCAACUCUGCUCACCUGAGGAAGNCAUGAUCGCGAAAAGCCCGGUAAAAGAGGUGAAGACGAUCAAAAACGCUGACCACAUGGCGAUGCUGUCGACGCCGGAGGAGCUGUCCCAGUAUCUCAUGGACAUUGCAGAAGCCUAUGCUUGAUCUUUACUUGAUCAUUCCUUGCUGCUUUUACCAAUAAGUGCUUGUGGCUUCUGUUGAGUAUGUAGCAGAUCUGAAUAAGCAGCUUGAAACUGAAAUUUGCAUGCAUAUUUGCACUUGAAAUAC